AUGGAUUCUGUUACUAUCGAUUUAAAUCGUGCAGAAAGGGCUACUUCUUUCUUGACUAACAAUGAACAAGAAAGAUAUAAACCGAUAACAUUACCAGAUAGAAAUAAUGGACGAUAUGCUUACUUGCCAAUAUUUCCAACCAAGUCUGUCGGCGUAAAUGACUAUUUACUUUUGGCUAAUAUACCAGUUACUCAUCUUGCACCGAAUGAAAUCGCUCGCCGUCAACAAGGACCACACACAUGCGAUGCACUCAUCUUAAUGAAUAUGUACAACUACGGCGAUACAUUCAGUUUGUCUGAACAAGACGUCGAAGAACUAGCCAUACGAUUAAACGUAGAAAAGUCAAUUAUUACUUUCAAUGCUGAUCGACUUCGUGUCAUCUGUUAUACUCUUCUGGCUUUCCAUGAAUCAUUUCGCCGAAAUGUUCUAUGUAUGGCUGAUGUUGCCUUAAAAGAACCAACUUUGAAUUCGAAACAAAUGGCUAUACUAUUAGAAUUCUAUUUACAAAUAGACGUUGAUCUAUUCUACAUGAAAACCUGUUCGUAUCGAGGAGCUAUACCUCACUCAACAACUGAAGGUCUCUUCUGCGGAAAAGAUGAACCUCAAGCAAGAUAUUGUGUAGUUCCAUGUGGCAAUCUAUUUUGUUUAUGUUGCUAUCCAAAAAAUAGUUACAAGAAAAAUGAAUCAUGGCCAGUUAUUGAUUUCGUUUCAAGUUCAAUGCAUCAGUUUGUUAACGGAUAUACGACCUAUCUCAAUUGUCCAGCUACAUGUACGACAACAAAUAUCGUCUAUGCUAUGACAUGCCCAUGUGGUCAUUAUGAUUAUGUCGAUUCAACAACAGAAACAUUGUCAAAUGCUAUGGCUUAUCAUCGAGAACAUGGCAAUCGCAUUGUACAUGAAACAUUGACUGGUAGUCGUCUGUUUCGAGGAUCAUUAUUCGAUAAUGACGAGGAAGAAAAAGAAUUGGCAAAUAAGAUGCGUCUCUAUCAACAUUCAGCUCGAUGUCCGAUCGCACUUCGUACAUUUCUCGAUUGUAAUCCUAACUAUUGGUGUUUUGUUCCUCUACAUUGUGACGAAGCACUGUCAGAAAAUGCUGCUUAUUUCCAAAAAAAUCCCAUUGGAGAUCCAGAAUUGGUUUAUAGGACGGAAAUGACUUCUGCAGCAAAUCAACGAGUAGAUCAUUAUCUACAACAUGUACCAUUGGAACCUAAUGGCUAUGUCUUUUCAUAUCGACAAGUACAAAAACAGCGUUUAUUCUUUCAACAUUUUGUCUGCUCUGCUAUUCAUCACCUACCCUACCAUGCAAUAGAUUUAUAUAAAAUGGCCAUUAUUGCUGUUUUGCCUGAUGAUCGCUCGAUUCUAUUACGAUAUUUGAUCGAAACAUUGUUCAUUAUUCAUGGUGAAACUAAAUUAAACAUGAUUUGUCCAAUUGGUGGUGAUGUUAUGCAACGUUAUGGUCACCCAUAUCACCUUGUUUGGUGUGCUAAUUUGAAUCGUCUACCGAUGGUAACGUCAACUUUCAUUGAAUGA